AUGGAUAGCCCAUCAAUACCGGACACUAACGAUAUAAAGGCAGCGCUCGAAUCCAUUGUCGGUAAAGGGACGCGAUUAGAAUCCUUCUUGUCUGACUUCAUUACCGCCUUGCAAGAGCUAGCCCCCAAGGAAACGACCGUAUACACAAAACCUCAGAAAGACCCUCAAGCAUUGAUUGCUGAGGCUCAUCAUCGUGCCAAGACUAUUAUAGAGCAGAUCGUUGUUCUCGAAAGCGAACUGGAAGCCGCAAAGUGCUUGGGAUCUUUGAGGAAGCCCGACGCGUUGAUGCGAUCCGACCUCUGCAGGCCUCGGAAACGUUCACACACUGCAGCUCCUGGGCGAGGCGAGGCGCCUUACCCACGCGAGCGGUCGCAAACACCGUGCUCAGAUAGCUACGAUACGUAUGAGAGUGCAGCACAGCUUUGUUCGAAGAAGAAAAGGCGAGGGUCAAGCAUUCUUGUGAAUACGACGUUCGGGGAGACGUCGGAUCGUAUCUUCAUCUAUGGUCGACAUUCGAUCUUCAAUCAGUUCCCCGGUGUGGCGGUCGACACACAGUCGGAGCUUUUUGCUGCUCCGCGCUUGAGCAUCGACCAGGAGGAACAGUCAAUGGUGAUCAGUGCUGGGCUAAAUGACAGAUUUUAG